AUGGACGAGUGCGUCGAGGUGACGGGAUGCGAUUCGGACACCCGAAACGAUGAGGACCAGACGGAGCUUUUAGACGCGAUGGUGCUCAAGACUUGCGGGCAAUUGGUGUUCGACCUGUUCAGGCGGUUCAGAAACAACGAAGUGGAGUCGACGGACGGUGACAGCGCCGACACGAUAUCGUCGUCGACCGCCACCGCGGACGACUGCAGCGAGUCGUCGAUCGGCAGCACCGGAGAGACGUACCUCGACGCGCUGAUGAUCCGCGCGUUUGACAGGCUCUACGACGUGAUGUCACGAGACCUGGAAAAAGCCGACCGGCGUUUCCAGACUCCGCCAAAACUUCAGCUAUACCACGAGCUGCAGAAUUUCGUGUGCCAUUAUCAGUUGCAUCAGAUCAACAGAUAUGUUUUUGGAGACGAAAAGGUAUGGGAUUGGGGCCCAAUCACUACGGACGCACUGACAACGGUCCGGGUAUGGCGACUAAAAUUUGUCGAUGAAACUAAAGUGCCAAAUGGUCUGAUGGAAUCUUAUAAGACUGCGACCGCAAUUAAAGAACUGCACCCGUUUGAUGCCGCCAUGGUCGCGUUUGCCGUUUUUGGUUUUUUACUAGGAUACGAUACCAUAACUGAUUACAACAUUUUGUACAUGUUUCGCAAAAUUGAAGACAUUUACAAACCAUUAACUUUUCAAUAUGUUCAUAAUUCCGUGCUGCGGAACACUAGGCUGUUUUUGGUAGAUUGCGCUUCGGAUGAUGAUGAAACAUUUUUUGAAUCUUUGGCAGACAAUACAGAUAUUAAAGACGUGUUUAAUUGGAUAUUUGAUUUAAUGGCUGAGAAUCCCGGGGCCGUCAAUAAAUUCACUGGAAACCCUUUCUCUGACGUUCAAAGUGUUGUAAAUCAAAUUUACGACGUCAACGGAAAAAAAAUGACUCCCAGCUAUAUAAUAAAGUUACGAAUAUUUUAUCGAUGGAUUUCAAUGGAACUUUUCGAUUUGCUAAGUGGUAGAAUUCGAGAUCGAAUGUCAUUAUUGGAUCACCACGUCAAACAGUGUCUAUGCUGCUUAAGUGAAACAUCCUGGUUGGAAUUAUUUGAAAACGUCUAUGUGUUCACGUUUAAAUACUUUACAAUGAUCCUCAACGAAUACAACUGUCCGAACCACAUGUUGAAGACUUUUCUCGAUUUGUGGAACAAUGAAACAUUAAAGGAUAUUAUCAGGUUUUGUGUAAAUAAACAGAUUUGCGGCAACUCAUAUCUAAACCAUCGUGAUAGCUCCACGGAUUCGAACGAGAGCCUUGGAUCGUCUAACUCGUCUUAG